AUGAGGCCGGGGGAGGGCGGCGCUGUGGGCGGGGGGAAGGGGGCGCUGCGGCUCCGGGCCGGGGGCGGCGCUGUGGAGCGGCGGCGGGGGGGGGGGGGGGGGGCGGGGCAGCGCUGUGGCUCCGGGCCGGGGGGCGGUGCUGUGGGGCGGUGCUGCGCUGCGGCUCCGGGCCGGGGGGUGGCGCUGUGGGGCGGGGAGGCGCUGCGGCUCCGAGCCGGGGGUGCGCUGUGGGGCGGGGAGGCGCUGCGGCUCCGGGCCGGGGGGCGGCGCUGUGGGGGCGGGGAGGCGCUGCGGCUCCGGGCCGGGGGGCGGCGCUGUGGGGCGGGGAGGCGCUGCGGCUCCGGGCCGGGGGGCGGCGCUGUGGGGCGGGAGGCGCUGCGGCUCCGGGCCGGGGGUGGCGCUGUGGGGCGGGGAGGCGCUGCGGCUCAGGGCCGGGGGCGGCGCUGUGGGGCGGGGAGGCGCUGCGGCUCCGGGCCGGGGGGCGGCGCUGUGGGGCGGGGAGGCGCUGCGGCUCCUGGGCCGGGGGGGCGGCGCUUGUGGGGCGGGGAGGCGCUGCGGCUCCGGGCCGGGGGGCGGCGCUGUGGGGCGGGGAGGCGCUGCGGCUCCGGGCCGGGGGGCGGCGCUGUGGGGCGGGAGGCGCUGCGGCUCCGGGCCGGGGGGCGGCGCUGUGGGGCGGGGAGGCGCUGCGGCUCCGGGCCGGGGGGCGGCGCUGUGGGGCGGGGAGGCGCUGCGGCUCCGGGCCGGGGGGCGGCGCUGUGGGGCGGGGAGGCGCUGCGGCUCCGGGCCGGGGGGCGGCGCUGUGGGGCGGGGAGGCGCUGCGGCUCCGGGCCGGGGGGCGGCGCUGUGGGGCGGGGAGGCGCUGCGGCUCCGGGCCGGGGGGCGGCGCUGUGGGGCGGGGAGGCGCUGCGGCUCCGGCCGGGGGGCGGCGCUGUGGGGCGGGAGGCGCUGCGGCUCCGGGCCGGGGGGUGGCGCUGUGGGGCGGCGGGGGCGGCGCCGUAG